CUCUUUCCUUCUCAUUACAGCACUUUACAGCAUUAAAUUGCAUUAAGCUAUCUAUUUAUUUCUCUCCGCACGGACAAAACAAACGCUGCACGGCACCGUCAUGGCUAUCAAGAAGAUUGAGGAUAUGGAGGAGUACCUUUGGAUUCUCUCUUCGACCGAGGCUAGUAGGCUGGUCGUGGUAUACUUUUCAUCCAUGAAGAAGGGGUCAUGUCGAUUGAUUAGGCCAACGUUCGAGAGGCUGGCACGGCAGUACCAGGAUGUCACCUUUGCUGAGGUUGAUGUGGAUCAGGCAAAGCAAGUUGCACUGGAUGUUGGCGUUUCCUCAAUACCCACCUUUCAUUUCUACAAGGACACCGAGAAAGUUGGCGAGUUCUCGGGCGCAGACGAGGGCAGAUUAGUGGCCUUGACUGAGAAACAUCGGCGCUCAGAGUUCUGAGAGGGGAGGGAAUCGUCCACAAGGAGGGGGGAGGGGGGAGUCUGUAUUGCACACAC